AUGUCCGUCGCGGUCCAUCAUCGGCAGAACGUCCCGGCUCUGCAAGAGUCGUUGAAGGAACUGGCCCAUCUCAUGAGGAAUAUCCAAGCCUUGCGACACGAGACCCAGCGCGAGAUCCAUGCUGCUGUGUUGGCCAAACACUGCGCGCUGAAAGAGCAGGAAAAAGACAAGAAGAUAUCGAGCGAGACCAAGCAUGAGCUCAAGAAAUGUUUUUGGAGAUCGAUCGACUCUUGUGAAAACGAAGAGAACGCUCUCCGAAUGAGUCUCGACGUCAUCAAGAAUAUCCGUCUUGCCAACAGCGCCCGAUCUGGCUUCCUGUCCGGUCUUGGUAGAACCCAGCGAGGCGAAGUCGUGCGUAAAAGCGCUCUGAUGAUGAAUUUGAAGACUUUGGCGCGUCAAUUACCUCUGUGGGUUCCGACAGACCACGAGAAGCCUCCGCCGCUGUGUGGAGCGGUACCAGCACCUCCGGGUCACGAAGCCGAGCCCCACUCGAUGGUGGCAGCCUUCGUGAAGAACGACGACGAUGAGGAAUGGAUCCUGGCCAGGGUCCGUCACUACGAUCGGACUUCGGGUCGGUACCAAGUCGACGACAUCGACGACGAGCAUCCGGAAACGCUUACCCUGCUCAGGAAGCACAUUAUCCCGCUGCCGCUGAUGCGAGCGAACCCCAUCACGAACCCCGAGGCAUUUUUUCCCAAAGGCACUGUUGUGAACGCACUCUAUCCACAAACCACUUGUUUCUAUAGGGGUUUGGUCGACGAGAUCCCUCACGGACCCCAGGAAGGGUACAGCGUGCAGUUCGAAGACGAAAACUACCCUGGUGGUUUCGCGCCAGCUCUGGUUGUCGAGCAGUUGUACGUUAUCGAAUGUGUUUUGUAA